AUGACCGCCCACGCCGGCGCCUCGCUCACCUACCCCCAGCAGUGCUCGGCCCUGCGCAAGAACGGCCACGUCGUGAUCAAGGGCCGCCCCUGCAAGAUCAUCGACAUGUCGACCUCGAAGACCGGCAAGCACGGUCACGCCAAGGUCCACCUGGUGGCCACGGACAUCUUCACCAACCGGAAGUACGAGGACAUUUCGCCCUCGACGCACAACAUGGACGUGCCUAACGUCACCCGCCGCGAGUAUCAGCUCAUCAACAUUGACGACGGCUACCUGAACCUCAUGUCGAACGACGGCACGUCGAAGGACGACGUGAAGCUGCCUGAGGGCGAGCUUGGUGAGCAGAUCACCGCCCAGUUCGAGGAGGGUAAGGACCUCAUGAUCAACGUCGUCGCCGCCAUGAACGAGGAGCACGCCCUCUCGUUCAAGGAGGCGCCCCAGGGCAAGUAA